UGACCAAGGCUACUGCGUUCGCGGAGCUGGUCCAGCGCGCAUACCAAUUACAGCACCACCCCCACCCACACACACGGGCUGCUGGGAUCUAACGGGUGUAUGCAGAUUGCUACCUGCUUUGCAGGUUCCUACAGAGUGCGGUCCGGAUCGUCCAAAGCCUUUGCAGACCGGGGUACAACGCAGAAGGAGUACAGGACUAACUGCCUUUGGGACACUGCUAGAGGAAAGCAGCCAGGGUUUGAAGAGACGGGGGAUGGCAGCUUUACGCACUGUCCACGCUGCGCUCUUUUUCUCACUCCUUCCCCAGGUCUCCUGCCGCGGCACGUUCGAACUGAAGAUCCACCAAUUUGUGAACGGCGGGGGCUCGUUGGCGUCUGGCGGUCGCUGCGUGCCCGACUGCCGCACUUUCUUUCGGGUGUGUUUGAAGCAUUUUCAAGUGGUGGUGUCCCCGGAGCCGUGCACCUACGGAAGCGUCCUCUCCCCGCUCCUGGGCGACAGCAGCUCAUUCAGGGUGGCGGCCACUCAGGUCCCACUCAGGCUGAACUUCACCUUCAAGUGGCCGGGAACUUUCUCCCUCAUCGUUGAAGCUUGGAACUCUCCCUCCAGCCAGCUGAGCCCCAAUGUAACCAGCCCUGAGAUGUUGAUCAGCCGUUUUGCUAUCCAGAGACACCAGCCUGUGGACACGGUCUGGUCUCGGGACGUCCAGCGAAUGGGCCGUACCCAGCUGCACUACUCGUACCGGGUGGUCUGCACCCACCACUACUACGGCGAGGGCUGCUCCCAUUACUGCCGGCCCAGGAACGACACCUUUGGGCAUUAUACCUGCGGACUGGAGGGGCAGCGGAUCUGUAUGGCCGGAUGGGAAAAUGAGUACUGCACACAGCCAAUCUGCCGAAGUGGGUGCAGCACACAGCGUGGAUACUGCAACCGACCGGGUGAGUGCAAGUGCCAUUAUGGAUGGCAGGGAGAUUCAUGUACUGAGUGCAUGCAGCACCCGGGCUGUCUACACGGGACCUGCGAACAACCCUUCCAGUGCAACUGCAGAGAGGGCUGGGGCGGCCUCUUCUGUAACCAGGAUCUCAACUACUGCACCCACAACAAGCCCUGCCUGAACAACGCCACCUGCACCAACACAGGGCAAGGCAGUUUUACCUGCAGCUGCCAGCCUGGCUUCACCGGUGUCCACUGCCAGUCUCCCGUGCCCCAGUGUGGCAGCAGCCCUUGCAGGAACGGAGGGACCUGCACGGAGUCGGAGGAAGCGUACCACUGCUCUUGCCUACCUGGCUACGAUGGGCAGCAGUGUGAGAACCGAGCCCUGACCUGUGCAGACUUCCCCUGCUUCAACGGUGGCUCCUGCUAUCAGACGUCACAGGGAGUCUCUUACAUCUGCAGCUGCAGACCAGGCUUUUCUGGCACCAACUGUGAGCAGAAGGUGGAUCGAUGCUCGAGGAGCCCCUGUGCAAACGGAGGCCAGUGCCUGGGUCUGGGACUGACCCGGAUGUGCCGCUGCUCCCCAGGAUUCGCUGGCCAGAGCUGUGAGAUCAGUGUCAACGACUGCGCCCGGAACCCAUGCCUUCACGGCGCCAGCUGCCUGGAUCAGGUGAACGGCUACCACUGCCUGUGCACCGCCGGCUACACAGGCCAGAACUGCGGCCGGCGGCUGCCCAGCGACUGCGACUCAGCGCCCUGCCAGCACGGUGGCACCUGCCACGCUGGGCUGUCCAGUCGUGGCCCCGUCUGUCAGUGUCCCUAUGACUUUGUGGGCCGGUGGUGUGAGAUUUCUGUCCGGGAGCCCAGCCCCUCGCAGAAGCACCAGCAGCUGCCCAGCCCCGUGCACUGGCAGCUGGUAUCCCUGGGCUGUGGCCUGGCUGCAUUCGUCCUCUUGCUGCUCGCCGUGGUGCUGGCCGUCCGACAUUUACGAUCCUCGGACGGGCACCAGCCCCAGCCCCGGCUCGCCAACGCCAUGAACAACCGCACGGACCCACAGAGGGACAACUUGAUCGCAGCAUCGCAGCUGAAGCUGGCCGGCCUGGAGGUGAACUGUGGGCCCGAGUGGGGCCGCUCGCAUUGCAAACUGACCAACUGCGCCGCUGAGCUGGGCCGCAAGGGGGAGACGUCACCUGAGCUGAAGGGCUACAGGAGCGAGGGGAGCCAGCUGGAGGAAAGCUUGCCCCUGACUGGGCCCCGCAGUGAAAAGCUGUCAUGCAGAAUAUCCACGAUAGCCUGUGCCUGUGACCUGAAGUACCAGAGUAUGUCUCGCAUUGGAGAGAGCCGGCACAACGACAUCACCACUGAGGUGUAAGACUGAUGAGGAGAGGCUGCACACUGCGCCGGUUGCCAGUGGCUCUGCAACGCUAUUUUAUCUGUUUGUGAAAGGCAUCAGCUGUCGAGCGGGGGCGGAGGAUUAGGAGUUUUUAGACCCUUCUCCGACGGCUGAAUCUUGGAGACUGCAACAACUGCCCCCUGCCCCUGUCACUGAGCGCUGGGCAAGCUGACUCUCGUUGUGAAGAAGAGGAGCCAGGGUGGAACUUCCCGAGGGAGCAACUGGCAGUGAGCUGAAGAUCAACAACAGACUAUGCCUCGUUCACUGUCUGAGCACUUCCCUGUGACUGCACAGGCAGAGAGUGGUCUGGAGAAAAGAUGGGACAGACUCUAAUGUACAGACUGAGCAGAUUCCUUCAAAUCACUGGCAAAUGAGCAGCAAGACAAUCAAUAUUUUUUUAAGGUUGGUAUUUCAUAAUUAAUUUAAAUGUAAAGCACUGAACUUUAUACUUUUAUAAAAUUAUUUUGUAUAUAAUGUAUAUUUAUAAAUGUCUUGAUGUGUGUAAAAGAAACAAUCAGUUCACCAAUGGUUUUAACUUCAAUGACAAAGUUUGAAUUUAUUUUUUUCAAACAAUGAAAUAAUUCCUGCU